AUGUCGAGUGCUACAGCAACACCAAAUACUGCUAGUACCAGUCUUGUCAACAAUGAUGAGUAUACAUUCGACGCAUUUGAAGAUGGUUCAUCAAAACUGGUUGGAGAACAACAAUUGACAAAAUUGAAUCAAUUCGCUGUUGAUUAUGCACAACAGAUUUGGCAGAUCGAAGAGGCAUUGGAUGAAACAUUGUCAGAGUCAUCGGAUCUCAAUGUCGAUCCGGUCAGUCUUUACAUUCGUCCCUAUGAACAGCAAGAUAUCAUCGAGUUGAUCAAAACGGAACACAAGAUCUUCAAUAAAGUGAUGUUGGUAUUCGCUUCACUCACCAAUCAGAUUAGAAUUCUCAAGGAGACCGCCGAGUUGAAGUUCUACCAACCGUUGAUCGUCUUUGGUGAGAUCACCGGUGAGGCGUCGGAGGGUGACGUCCAGGUGGAGGUCGGUCGUCUGCUGCCAUUCAUGAUCGACCUGUCUGCCUUUGUCAAUCGUUGCUACGCCAUCACUCGAAAUGUAGUGUCGCAGCUCGCCAGUUGCUACCAGAACCAGACCACUGCAUUCACCAAGUUCUUCAAGAACGUUCACCUCCAAACGGUGUUCUAUUCGCUCGCCGAUCUCUUCACAGUGUUGAUCACACUCGACCAGGUGGUCACUCAGAACCAGGCAUUGUCCUCGUCGUGGGGACGUUUCCAGCGUAUGGUAAAGUCGGUGCGUGCCGAGCCCGGAAAGUAUGGUGUCGCCGAAGAGGAGCGUCUCUUCCAACUCGAGAAGCUGUUGCUCUCGUUGAAAGGACAGCUUCUCGAGGGUUACAUCUUCCAGUCGUGUGUACAACAGGAGUUUGAUUUCCCGGGUGUCGUUGACGUCCGUAACAACAAGCAAUUGAAAGCCGAGUUCUCUCUGAAUGUCAAAUCGAUCUUUGGUCUGCUCUCUGCCAAGAUUAUGGAUAGCUCAGAGUUGUAUCUACGUGAGAAGUUCCCUGGAAUGCUUGGAUUGUACACUUUUUAUAUCUCCAUCUUCAAGGACAUCACCGACAAGUCGUUCUUCAAGCAAGUCUGGGAGCUGACAAAGCGUGUCCCAAUGGUUUCGAUCUACAACAAUGUCAUUUGGUAUCCAGCCGACUUUAUCGCGACUCUGAUGCCAGGAAUGAUAAAGAUCGUUGGAAAUCCAGAUAUUCAGGGUGCUCGUAGAGAAUACUUGAAGAUUGUCGACAAGGAAUUCGCUCAGCGUGUAAAGUCUUACUAUCUCCAGGUCAGUCGUUGGAUGGUUCGUAUGGAAUCCGGCAGUUUGAAUAACCGUGGUGGAUUUUGGGAUGCCAAUCUCUCGCGUAUCGGUCAGAUUAUCCAGGGUAUCUUGCUCUCCUAUCAUAUCAGUCAUCUCUUUAAGACUAUGAUUGGUCUACACAUGUCUUUGACUGCGCCACUCAAGCCAUCGGAUGUGCGUCGUCUCUUCCAAUGCGCCGAGCUUCUCAAGUCGAUUCAGGGUACAUUCCAUCGUCGUACCGCUAUGAUCUCUGCUCAUAUCUCAUUGAUGACUCAACAGCUGACAACUAUCAUCACCAACAAGUUGGAUGUAGUACGUGCUCGUUACACUGGUAAAUCAAACUAUAGCGACACCGAACUCGAUGUUAUCAUGGCGUUGACUCUUACCUCUGACUUGCUGACUGGAGUGGUCACCCCAGAGCGUUUAAUCAUUAUCAAACUCUGUUUGAAUGUCAUCUAUCAAGCCAAUCUCCUGAAGGAUCCAGACAUGGAGGAACUCAGACUGCAUGUGAAGCGUCUGGAAUUCGUCUCUGACAUACACGCAUCGAUUCGUCGUGUAUGCGAUUGCUCGCUGCUCUUCUGGGCACGUGACCUCUUCCCAACUUACCUGCAGUAUCUCUACGACAACCCAUCGCAAGCCAACAGCUUGCAAUACACCAUGACCGGUAUGAAGGAUGUCGUCUCCAUCUUGGAGAAGGCAAUUCACGUUGAGAAUCCAGGAACUCUUAUCGAUAGUUACCGUGAUGAACUCGAGGAUAUGGUCGAGAAGAACAUUAUCAAUCCAUUGGGUAAGGACAUUGAAACCGAUCUUCGUUUGAGAAUCCACGCAUUCUUGAAUGUCGCAGAGAAGGAUCCAUUCAAGAGCGGAAUCAAAGAGUUUGGUCGUUUCCUCGAGUUGAAGCCGAUUCGUUUCUUUGACAAGACCAUCGAUAUCAAGUCGAGAAUCGAACACUACUUGGAUACCACUUUCUACAAUCUCAACACAGUCGCUCUCUUUGAUUGGAAGACCUACUCCGAGAUGAGAAACAUGGCGUUCUACAAGUACGGUCUCAACUUGUUGGAGGUACAUCUGCCAGGUGCCACUCUCGAGCAGGGUCUGGACGUCCUCGAAAUCAUGAGAAACAUCCACAUCUUUGUUGCGCGUUACAACUACAAUUUGAACAACCAGAUUUUCAUCCAGCGUUCAUCCAACUCCAAGACACUCAACACCAUCAAUAUCACACACAUUGCCAACUCGAUCCGUACUCACGGUGCCGGUAUCAUGAACACCACCGUCAAUUUUGCAUUCCAAUAUUUGAAACAAAAGUUCUCGAUCUUCUCAGAGUUCUUGUUUGACGACCAGAUCAAGUCACGUCUCUACAAGAAUUUGAAAUACUUUAGAGAGAACAAAGAGCAACUUGGAAAUAUGUAUCCCUAUGAGAUGGCCAUUGAGUUUGAGAAGGAUAUUCGUCAACUCGGUAUCACAGAAGCCGGUCUCAGUUUCUUGGAUCAGUUCAGAAUUCUCAUUACCUACAUCGGUAAUGCAAUGGGUUACAUUCGUCUUGUAAGAUCCGGUGGUCUUCUCUACACUUCCAAUGCCAUCAAGUUUGUUCCAGACUUGAAAAAGAUUCCGAGUUUCGAGGAGUUGGUUGCCAAACAUCAAUUGUCACCAGAGACACUCGAUGCCUCAAAGAAUCUCGAUAACGUCAUUGAGAAUCUAUCGAUCAACGUAUCCGAGGGUACCGAGUACUUUAAGAUGUUGGUAACAGUGUUUGCCAACGAAUUUAGAAACGUGAAUAACCAACAUCUUCGUAAUUUCUAUGCGAUCGUACCACCUUUAACCAUCAACUUUAUAGACCACAUCAUCAAUGCCAAGGAUAAGCUCUUUAAGAAAUCCAAAGCAAUCGGUGCCGAAAGUCUUCAAUUCACUGACGAUGGUUUCGCCAUUGGUUUGGCAUACAUUCUCAAGUUGCUCGAUCAAAACAGAGAAUUCGACUCACUCCACUGGUUCGAUAGAAUCUCAAAGAAAUACACUGAAGAUCAAGCUAGAAUCUUGGCAGAGGCCAACGCUAGAGGAUUGAAGGAAGAUCAGAAUCAAUUGUCAAUCAAGAAGGUCAAGAAUCUCCAACAAGAAUUUGAAUUAUUCAAAUAUUCAUUCAGUGGUGCCAGAAUCUUCUUUAAAGAUUAA